AAUAUUAGGUUCGAACACACUCUGGAGAGCAAGGUGGCACUGGUGGCAAGCCGGUAGUGAAGAAGCUGCUGUUCUAGCAGUGUCCAUGGCGAAACUUCUUCAAAACGACAUUGUUUUGGUGUUUGGGCUCAGCUAAAGGGAAACAGAGAGGAAGAGAAAUGAAUGGGCAAUUUGCGAAUCCCAGUUUCAUUGUGAAAGUUAGAGAAAGAAUGCACGUUUUCCAGAAAUUCUUUCACGGUUUCUGGGGACGUGUUUGGCUGCAGCGUGCCUAUGCUUCUUCAACUGCUCUCGCAUUCGACCCUUCUUUCUCUAUCUGUUCAGGAACUUCCGCUGAAUGCAGAGAACUGAUCCAGCAACCAAAACUAGAGCAGCUAGGUCAAAUCACCUAUUCUGUUCAUUAUAUGCUUGAACUUAACUCUAGACUGAAGCUACUAGUGAAACAGGGACAACUUUUUAAAGCUAGGAUUAUGUUCAAUAAAAUGGUUUACAGAGAUGAGAUUUCAUGGACCACAUUAAUAGCCGGUUAUGUCAAUGCUUCAGACUCGUAUGAAGCAUUGAUCUUGUUUUCAAAUAUGUGGGUUCAGCCAGGACUUCUAAAAGACCAAUUUAUGAUUAGUGUUGCACUCAAGGCUUGUGCUCUUGGUGUCCAUGUAUAUUUUGGAGAAUUGUUACAUGGGUUUUCAAUGAAAUCUGGCUUGAUAGACUCAGUAUUUGUCAGCAGUGCCCUAAUAGACAUGUACAUGAAAGUAGGCAAAAUAGAACAAGGUUGCAGAGUUUUUGAAAAUAUGACAAGAAGAAAUGUAGUAUCAUGGACUGCCACUAUUGCAGGGCUUGUACAUGCUGGUUGCUGUAUGGAGGGAUUAUCAUACUUUUCUGAAUUGUGGAGAUCAAAAGUGGGCUUUGAUUCACAUACAUUUGCCAUUGCUUUAAAAGCAUGUGCUGAUUCAAGUUUGUUAGGUUAUGGGAAAGCUAUACACACACAAUCAAUAAAACAAGGGUUCAAUGAGGCUUCAUUUGUGAUUAAUACUCUUGUUACCAUGUAUAAUAAAUGUGGGAAACCAGAUUAUGCCAUCCAAUUGUUUGAAAAAAUGAGGAUGCCCGAUGUAGUUUCAUGGACAAACCUUAUUACAACUUACAUACAGAUGGGUGAAGAAGAACAUGCAGUGGAAACAUUUAAAAGAAUGAGAAAAUCAGAUGUCAGUCCCAAUGAAUACACUUUUGCAGGCAUAAUUUCUGCCUGUGCAAAUCUUGCUAUUGUUGAAUGGGGGGAACAAAUACAUGGUCAUGUAUUGCGUCUAGGUGUGGUAGAUUCAUUUUCAGUAGCGAAUUCCAUCAUUACUCUUUAUUCAAAAUGUGGGCUAAUAAAGUCAGCUUCAUUAGUGUUUCAUGGUAUGACUAGAAAAGAUAUUAUUUCUUGGAGCACUAUAAUUGCUGUUUAUUCUCAGGGAGGUUAUGCAAAAGAAGCUUUUGACUAUCUUUCAUUGAUGAGAAGAGAAGGGCCAAAACCAAAUGAAUUUGCUCUUGCUAGUGUGAUGAGUGUUUGUGGAACCGUGGCACUUCUUGAGCAAGGGAAGCAAGUGCAUGCUCAUGUUGUAUGCAUUGGCGUGGAUCAUGAAGCUAUGGUUCAUAGUUCUCUAAUUAGCAUGUAUUCAAAAUGUGGAACUCUAAAAGAAGCUUCAAAAAUCUUUGAUGAGAUUAAAAUUAAUGACAUUAUAUCAUGGACAGCCAUGAUUAUUGGGUAUGCUGAACAUGGUUAUAGCCAACAAGCCAUUAGUUUGUUUGACAAGAUUUCCACUGUUGGUUUAAUUCCAGAUUAUGUGGCAUUCAUCGGGGUUUUGACAGCUUGUAGCCAUGCUGGAUUGGUUGAUCUUGGUUUCUACUACUUCUUGCUAAUGACUAAUGAGUACCAGAUUAGUCCUUCUAAAGAGCACUACGGUUGCAUGAUUGAUCUUCUAUGCAGAGCAGGGCGAUUGAAUGAAGCUGAGGAUAUGAUACGACAUAUGCCAUUCCAUGGUGAUGACGUUGUAUGGUCUACCUUACUCAGAGCAUGUAGAGUUCACGGGGAUGUUGACCGGGCUAGAUGGACAGCUGAACAGAUAUUUCGCUCAGAUCCGUAUUCUGCUGGAACUCACAUUACUCUGGCUAACAUAUAUGCUUCCAAGGGGAGAUGGAAGGAAGUUGCUCAUGUAAGGAAGUUAAUGAAGUCAAAGGGAGUAAUAAAGGAGCCAGGAUGGUCUUGGAUUAAUGUCAAUGAUCAAUUAAAUGCAUUUGUUUCUGGGGACCAGUCUCAUCCACAAAGUGAACAUAUUGCAACCAUUCUGAAAUUAUUAGGUGUUAGUAUAGGAGAUGGUAGGCUUGAAGAAGGUUUUCAAGAUGAUGUUGAAGAUUAGCAAAUAGAUAAAUUCUGCCUCAUUCAUUAUGUCAGUUCUAGAGCAAUGUUUUUUUUUUCUCAGUUUCCAAAUUAUGUAGACAUCAAAUGAUUAUUGUGAAGUGGUUUCCCAAUUCCUACUCAUUUGAAAAUGUCUAGCUUCACAUGGCUUCUGAAAAGUCCUUUCUGGCAAAACAAAAGGUUUGAUUCUUGGACAAUUCCGUGACCCACCGCAACCUCCACUGGAGCCACCUGACUUGGAUUCUGCCAUAGAUGCAGGAAUGGAUUUUUGAGAUGAUACAGAGAGAACAAACAGAAUGGAAUCAAAAAGCCAAAAGGCCAAGACAAGGUCCACACCCGAUAACGCUGUGCACCAAAUCCAACGAUGCAAAAUUGCUGAAAAUGGUUGAAAUCGGGUAGAAAAUGAGUUGAAACAAUCCGAAUUAUUGAUAAACAGGUAGAGAUGAUGAACUCUUGCCCAGUCGUAGCUCUUGAAAUUGUAAGGGAGACGAUUCAAUUUUGAUCAGAAUAUCCACAAUAUGGUAAAACUAGUAUUUCAAAGGAAGUUUUCUUUUCUUUUCUUUUUUCACACAUUCAAACUCGAGACCCAAUUUAAGGGAACCCAUCAAGAGUUGUACAAUCCAGACCAUCCACUCAUUAGUAAUUUUUUGCUUGAUGAAAAUAUGCUUAAUUUUUUGUUUCCAAGAAAUUCUAUACGAAAAUAUUGUAUUUUCAGAAUUUUGGCAUGGACUUUUU